AUGCCGGUCCUCGAUUCUUUGGUUGAACCGAUCAGUUUUCUAAUUUUCUCAGUUUUUAAGCUAUUUUCGGUUUCUACUCAUAACCAGAUCGGAUUGAAGGCCGGUUCCCAGUUGAACCAAUCAAACCGGCUAGUCCAGUCCGUCUUUGAGUAUGACCCCAAAAUUGACUCAGUACUAAGAGUGACAAAAGAGGACUACGAGAGUUGCAACAAAGCGAAGCCAAUUGAAAAAUACAGGGAGGGCAUGACCAAGAUUGAGUUGAACCAUUCAGGACCAUUCUAUUUCAUAGGUGGAUCUGAGGGGAAAUGUAAUGAAAGAGGUCAGAAGCUCAUUGUGGUUGUCUUGUCUAAUGGAGAACAUAGGCUUCACACUUCGAUAACAAAUAGUUCUCCAGAACUGGCACCAGCAAAUUCACUAAAUCCUGGUUAUGCUCAUGGAUUAAGGGCUGGAUUUAUGACUGUUGUUAUGGGAAUGGGACUUUGGUGGUGA